AUGUAGUGGCACCGCAGGGAAGCACCAAGCUGCUAGCCAUCAAGGCACCAGCUGAAUUUCCUAAAAUGUUGUCUUCUAGCUCUCUCCGGGUAUCUGCAAACAAAGGUGAGAGCAGAUCUAGUCCUAACCUUGAGGAAACUUCAGAACGUUCUGUUGAAGACAUGAGAGUGUUCAUGUCAAAAAAAACUGUGGUCGCAUUUCCUCAGCGAGUAGUUGUUUCUUCCCUUGGAGAGGAAAACCUCACUACACCUGCAUCAGAAGGAGACUUGAGGAAAGAGUUAGUUGAGGAAGAAACUUCGUCUUCAUCCAGCUCAGAUUCUAGUUCAGAUUCUGAGGAAGAAAAUGAGGAUGAUGGUUCAGAAGUUGCCAUUAAAACCAAGGUUGAGUUUCCUAGACGAGAUUCCAUCUUUUCUGAGAACAUAGCGGUAAAGGCAUCAAUAUUAGCAAAAGAGAACAUACCUCAGAAAUCCCACAAAGAAUAUGUAACUAAGAAGAAGCCCCACAAAACAGAAACCAGUGUAUCUCCUAUCAAGCAGGUAGCAUCUGCUAAAACGUCAGUCAGCCAUGAAACAUCAAAGUCGAAAGCGAGAGACCCCAAAGUGAAAUCGGCUCGUAAGGCAGCAGAUCAGCCGAAGCUGGUCUUAGAACCACACGUGGGUGAAAGCCAAGACCUGUCUGGUGGUGCUUGUAAAUCUGAUUAUUUAGAGGAAAAGGCCAUUGGAACCCAAGUAGCAGCUAUUCGGCUGAAAGCUUCGUCAGUGACUCGGAAAGAUAAAAAGCAAAAACUGGUAUCCAGAGGAGAAAAAAUGGUGAAGGAGGCACAGGAGUCGGAGGCAGAAGUAGGAACUUCUUCUAAGCCCGAGGAGACUUCUGAAAGCACAGUGUUGGCGAUGGGUGCUGCAGCAAAGGAGGAGGCCAUCCAGGAAGCAGGAGUCCAGGCUGGAGGAAGAAGCUCAACAGAGGAGACCACAGCAGCUGCCGAGCCUGCUCCAGAAGAAUUUGAUAAUUCUACCUACAAGAACCUUCAGCAUCACGAAUACAACACUUACACCUUCUUUGAUUCUGUUGCGACUCUCUCAAAAUUCAGGCAGCCUCAGCCAUCUUCUGGCAGACCAUCACCAAGGCACUGA